AAUUUGCCUUGAUCGAAAGAAGAUCACCUUUGAGAAUUUCAUCCUGAACUUUGAAACUUUGUUCUUUCAGAGCAUUUCGAGCAAAGAAAACAAAGCUUCCUUCUUGUGCGUCUUUCAUUUCUAGGAAAGUGCUCAACGGACCAGGCAAAGAGGAGAAGUUCCUUUCAGCCAUUGAAGGGCAAAUAUUUAAGCGAAAGCAUCCUGAACCGCCGGGCUAUGGAGCAAACCUAUGGAGAGGUGAACCAGCUGGGAGGCGUGUUUGUCAAUGGAAGACCUCUGCCUAAUGCCAUAAGGUUGCGGAUAGUAGAGCUGGCCCAACUCGGAAUUAGACCUUGUGACAUUAGCAGGCAGCUGAGGGUCUCUCAUGGAUGUGUGAGCAAAAUAUUAGCAAGAUAUAACGAAACCGGAUCGAUUUUACCAGGUGCUAUUGGAGGAAGUAAACCGAGGGUUACAACACCGAAUGUGGUAAAACACAUCAGAGACUACAAGCAGGGAGACCCCGGAAUUUUCGCAUGGGAGAUCCGGGACAGACUUUUGGCAGAUGGAGUUUGUGACAAGUAUAACGUGCCCUCUGUGAGCUCCAUCAGCAGGAUUUUAAGGAAUAAGAUAGGAAACCUUUCUCAACCUAAUCAAUAUGAAAACACAAAACAACCAGCUCCGCAACCUACUUUAUCUUACAAUCACAUUUACCAGUACCCAUACUCAAAUGCAAUGUCGCCUACCGGCGCAAAAAUGGUCAACUCCCCAACAGUCGCAUCACACGUGGGCAUCCCGAGGGCUUGGCCAUCAGCGCAUUCAGUGAGCAACAUUCUGGGGAUCAGAGCAUUCAUGGAUCCCGGUAGUAUUGCCGGUACAGAAGCACCAUCUUACCAACCGAAAAUCGAGGACUGGAGUAGUGUUAACAGGGCAACAUUUUCCACUGCUCACGGUGUAAACGGCAUUGACAAGCCAUCUAUUGAUCCCGAUAUUAAAUAUCCACAGCCUGCCUCAUCUUUAUCGACCGUGAGUAGUUUUGUUCCAGCUUGCGCGUAUUCGCCUUCCAACCAGUAUGGAGUUUACAAUGGACCAGCAGGUAGCUAUAUGACCCCUGGGCAUCACUGGCAGUCUCAAGGCGUCAGCUUAUCCCACCCUGGAAGUGGCAUGACAAUGCAUGGGGGAGAAAUUCAUUCAUCCAUGUCCUUUAAACACCCAGAGAGAGAAGGUAUCUGGCAUUUGCAAAUAAAAUCAGGAACAUAUAGACAGAAUUUUUCCUGACAAGAGUGAAGGAGAACAGCCAGGAUGACCUUUGACAUCACUUUUCUGGGGUCUCCAGAAGUCCUGCUCCUUUCACUCCAAUCGCUAAUAAAGAAACAAUCGAAGAGGAGCUCAGUAUUCAUUCAGACCAGUGGCUGAAGAAGAUUGUCCUUCAUCCUCAGGAGCUUCAUUGGUGGGCUAGAAAAGCCAUGAGACAGACCAAGCAGUCCCUUUAUUGAUUACUUUUACAACUAUAUUACCAAAUAUUAAAUGGGGAAUCCUUACUGGACCCUCAACUCUUUAUCUGUUUACCUCUCUGUUUUUACAGAGGCUAAUUUAAAGUUACCAGCUAUCCUUACAUGUACUUCAUUGGGAUGUGGGAAAUAAAACUGAGCGAUGUGCAAUUACACAACUUUAAAUUGAAUUCAAACAAUCCAGUUAUAUACAGUACCUGAAUAAUUUUUAUAAUUAAAAUUACUAAAUACCUGCUCACUUACAUUAAUUUAAUUGUUAUCAAUGAUAAACCUGAUUAUCUGUUACCUCAUUACCACCUAAAGUGGGCUGGUACUUGGUGGUACGGAGCAGCAGCACUUAUCCAAAUCCACAGUGUUUGUUAGUGUACCUGUGUACAUAACACAUCACGAUUCCACAAGUUCUUCCAAACCCUUUCUAUAAGAAUAUUUCAGUGCUUGAAAGACAACUGUACAUUUAGAUAACAGACUUAAACAGGCAGAACUGCCACUUAGAUUUGUGCUCAUAUGUUUACAUACCCUGGCAGAACUUGUAAAAUAUUAGCCAUUGUUUAGAAAAUAUAAGUAAUCAUGUAGAAAGCUUUCCUUUUAAUUGUAGGGUGUGCUCAGACUAGGCAAUUUAUUAUCACCUAAUUGUGUGUACUGUUUUUAAAUCAUAAUGAUAACUGAAAUCAUCCAAAUGGGCUUGAACAAAAAUUGACAUACUUUUGAAUGUUGGAGCUGAUAAUAUACACACAAGUUGACACACACAGGUUCAAAUUAAAGGUACUUAAGGGAGAGUGUUCACACCUAUAACCUCUUUGAUGGUAAUCAGUGUCUGUGCAUAAAUAGUCAAUUUAAAUUCAUGCAGAGCUGCACUGACUGUGCUGGAUACCAAGCUAUGGAGAAAGCAAAAGAAUUGUCAAAAGGACCAGCAAGAAAAGGUUGUUGAUUUGUAUAAAUUAGUAAAAGGAUAUAAAAAGAUAUCUUGAGAUCUGAAAAUGCCUGUCAGUGGUGUUCAGUGGAAAGUUAGGGGUUCUGUUGUUACCAAGCCAUGGUCAGGUGGACCAACUGAGGUUUUAGCCACAGCUGCCAGGAUCAUUUGUCGAGCUGCCAAGAAAAACUCACAAGCCACUUCAGCUGAGAUACAAACAAAUGGUAUUGCUGUUUCAAGGUGCACAAUUAGGAGGUACUUGAAUAAAAAUGGGCUGCAUGGUGGAGUUGCAAGAAAAAAAAGCCUUUACUGUGCCAACACUACAAAACAGCCCACUUACAAUAUGCCAAACAGCAUCUAGACAAGCUACAAAAUUUCUGAAACAAAGUCUUUUGGAGUGAGGAGUCCAAAAUUGAACUUUAUGGUCACAACCAUAAGCACUAUGUUUAGAGGGGAUGCAACAAGGCCCAUGAUUAAAAGUACAUCAUCCAUACUGUGAAGCAUGGAGACGGAUCUCUGAUGUUCUGGGGGAGUGUGAGCUACAGUGGCAUAGAUGAAUUACUGAAAAUUAAUGGCAAGAUAAAUGCAGCAUGUUACCAGAAAAUAUUAUAGGACAACUUUAAUUCUUUACUCCGGAAGCUGCACAAGGGAUCCACUUGGAUCUUUCAACACGACAUUGAACCAAAACACAAGGCCAAGUUGACCCUUUGGUGGCUACGGUAGAAAAAAGUGAAGGUGCUGGAGUAGCCAUCACAGUCUACUGACCUGUUUCAUUGAGGAGAUCUCAAAUGUUCAGUUCAUGCAAGGAAAUCCAAGAAUUAUGGGACCUGGAGGCAUUUUGCUAAGAAAAUGGGCAGCUCCACCAGAGAAUAUCAAGGUAAUCAUCCACAACUAUCACAAAAGAGUGCAUGCUAUCAUUGAUCUUAAAGAGGGCAAUAAACAAUAGUAAGAAAUAAGUGUAUACAAACUUUUGAACAGGGACUAUCUCAUUUUUUUCCUUAUUACUAUGCUUUGUUUAAUGGUUGUGCUGUUCUGU